AGGAGGCGUUGGUUUGACUGAGCGUGGGAGCUCAAUGGCUGACGUUCCGUGUUCUUUCCGUGUUCUUGUGUGUUCCAUUUAUAAUACUGCAGCGUGUGAAGUUUUCUCUACUUUGGUAUGCUGUACAGACUUGUGUUUGUGACUGGGCAGUAGUAUGUUCGUAGCUGGUCGAGGUACAACAAAUUAACGAUGACCAAGAGCACAAACAGCAAGUUCAACGACGAAAAUUUUCACCGGGUAGACUUCUAUGGGGUGCCAAAAAUCAAACUACGAGAGUGUGCGAAGACAACGGAGCUGUCGUCAAGGCGCAGAGCUCAAUGGCUGAGAGGAAUUUGUCCCGAAGAUGUGGACGAAUCUGCGUCGUACUACCGAGUUUGCGGUGCUCACUGUGUGCUCACAUGUGAGCAUGCCUCACCGAAGUCUUAUGCACGUGCGGUGCGCGCACCAAACUUUUCCGUCGGCGUUAAUCAUCAUGACGGCUACAGCAGCUCUGCAUUGAACGCCUGCGUGUGGUGGGCAUGCUCAGCGACGAGGCCUACCCUCCGGUCAGCCUGUGUUCCCCCUCAAGAUCUGCCCUUGGGGUUGUUUCUCCGCAAUGGAACCCGUAGCGUUCCUGUCGCAUUCGUGCCGACCACUGGUGGGUUCAUCCAUAUGAACAAUCCCAAGACAAUCCAAACGGAACUUCUUGCGAUCACUCCCUACUGAUAACAGAGGUUCGUCAGUUUGGACGUGGGGGGAGACUGCUGCUCACCAGACAAGGCUUGUAUCCAAGACCUUCUGAAAAGCACUACU